AUGUACUUGCGCAAAUGGAGUCCCAUUAAAUAUUUAAUGUACUUAUGGCUAGCAAUUCUUGUGUGGAUAUUCUGUCGGUGUGAAAGUGCCGCCACGAUGCACUUGGCACCAGCCUCAUCGUACGCCAGUAUCAGUAGUGUCAUUGAUGAUGAUGGUAGUAGUAGCAGCAUCAGCAGCAGUAGUAGUAGUGGUAGUAUAAAUAGUAUAGCAAAGCUGUUUGCCAACGGAAAUCGCAAUCGGGUGGCAACGGCAAGUCCUAAAAGUGAUACUAGUGAGUUAGUGGAUUCCACGAGUCCGUACCAGUGGCGCCCUCCACGAUGGCUAUUCACACCAGAAUCGACCAGUCAGCGGUCAACAUCUCAAACCACUUCACACUUUACCAAAGCUGCCAGCAGCAGCGAUCGCCGGCGGCCGCCAGUUCAAGUGGCGGACCUUCCGAGCUAUCGUCCAAUUAAUUACGUUAAUCGUGUGCUUGUAGAGACAGCUAAUAAACAGCUGAUAAAACAACAGCAGCAGCAACUGCCGAAACUGCCAGCAAGCCUAAGUCAAUCCCCUACAAACCAUGAUAGUCCCAAAACCAACAGCAGUAACAACAGUAGCAGUAGUAGUAUUAAUAGCACCAGUAGUAGUACUAGUAUUAGCGUUGAAAGUGCCUCACAGGCGGAGGAACAACUGCAGCUCCAAUGGCGGCUGCGUAUGAACCAAAAACGAGCACGGCGACUUGCCCAUCGCUUGCAGCUGACGGAAUCAACUAGCGAUUCCUUGACCCUUGCAAAUCGCAACCGACGUGAUUCGAUACGUCCGGGCGCAGUUGGUUCCUCUGUCGGUUCACAUCCGAACCAGCAGCCGUUCCGGCGGCCUGGAGGCGUAGGAGGUGGGCCAGGUUCAACUCGCCGUUACUGUUCGGCUCGCGAUCCGACCACUCUUGCAUUCGAGGCACCAAUCGUAUUCGAAGGCAAAGUUAAGUCGAUGAGCAGCGACCGGCGGGCCAACUUUUCCGUGACAUUCGAAAUUGUGGCCAUCCACAAGAAGCACACCAAAUUCUACCUGCCCAACAAUGUGCGACUGCAGUUUUCCUAUCGGAACUUUAGCGAGUGCGACAUCUACCGGGAAACGUACCGGGAGCGGGGUAUAGUGCGCGACGAACUCGAACAGGGCAAAGUGUACUUUCUGUUUGUGAAGCAACUCGAUCUUGGCAACUUCUCCAUUCUCGGGCAGCCAAUCCGGAAGACCAGACGCACCACCAACGGAGUGCAGGACGGGGUUAGUGACAAAUAUGGUAAACCCCCGGAGAUAUAUUCCAUCUCGUCGAACGUGACGCGCCAAGAGGGUAAACGGGUGCGUCUGGUGUGCAAGGUGCGGGGGCAACCGCCACCGAAGGUGACGUGGUUCAAGGACAAGCGUUCCAUCAACCGGAAUGUGACGAAAUAUGCUCAAGUACACCUCAAAAAACGAUCCGAGCUCAUCAUUAACUCCGUUAUACCCAGUGAUGCUGGAGAAUACGAAUGCAGAGCAAAAAAUAAGUUUGCUAAAAUUGCCAAUUCGACCCACGUUAGAAUAACGUCUAAGUACUCGAGCACCAAGCAACCAAAACCGACACACUCGACAGAAUCUCCGCACUAUCCUCCACCCUGCCGAGGACAAGGAGCUGAGCACUAUUGCCUCAACGGUGGCUCCUGCAUUCACUUUGAGGAAAUCCUAGAGUGGGCAUGCAGGUGUCCGAAGGGCUUCUCGGGGCAAAAGUGCGAAAACAAAGACAUCGAUUAUCACCCAACAACAUCCAGUAAGCACCAGGAUUGCUCCUACGGUUACGGAUAUGGAGGUCAUCCAGAAUGUGCCGAUUUUCUAUUGAUGGAUUCACCGGCGGCCAUGCCAGUAUUGCCACCACUCUACGACUACGACGAUGAUAGCGAUAUCUAA